GUCAAUGAAUAUGCAGAGAUGCUUGUGGAAAUUAUUAAAGAAGUUUACAGUUAUUUUGUGAACAUGGAUAAAGGCCUAUUCGAGAAGCAGCAGCAGGUCCCUGAACAGACACUCAUGAGGACACCGUACGGAGGGCGUGUGGUGGUCACCAUGCCUCAUGGGAACACUCUGGUGAUUCACUUCAAGGACAAGACACUCAUCCGCCACAAAAAGAGAUGGUCACAGGUCAUGUACUUGUACUAUCUCUUGGGCUGGAAAGUUGCAGCUAAGUAUUACAAGAGGUUGGAUAAAGGAGAGGACGAGGCUAAGCUAAAAAAAGAGCUACAGAAAGAGAAGCAAAACACCUACCUCCUGGCUUUAGAUGGAGAUACAGACUUCCACCCGGCUGCUGUGAUGCUGCUCAUAGAUCGGUUGAAACUGUACCCGCGUGUCGGGGCAGCGUGUGGUCGGAUCCACCCGACUGGAUCGGGUCCAAUGGUUUGGUACCAGAAGUUUGAAUAUGCUGUGGGUCACUGGCUUCACAAAGCAUCAGAGCACGUGUUUGGCUGUGUGCUGUGCAGCCCCGGUUGCUUCAGUCUCUUCAGAGCCGAGGCUCUCAUGGAUGAUAACGUGAUGAAAAAAUACACCAUCAAGGCCUCCCAAGCACAACAUUACAUUCAGUACGACCAAGGUGAGGAUCGUUGGCUGUGCACUCUGCUGUUAAAGCAGGGAUGGAGGGUGGAGUACAACGCCGCCUCUGAUGCCUAUACCAAUGCCCCAGAGGAGUUUAAGGAGUUUUACAACCAGCGUCGUCGAUGGGGACCGUCCACCAUGGCAAACGUCAUAGACUUGCUUGGCUCCGCCUCCCUGAUUGUGAACAGGAACCCGUCCAUGUCCAGACCCUACAUGCUCUACCAGCUUUUCAACUUGGCCUCAUCCAUCCUUUCACCAUCCACUGUAGUCCUCAUGAUUGCAGGUAGCUUCACUGUACUUUUGAAUAUUACACCCAAUGCUGCUCUGGUCCUGGCUGUGAUACCACCCGCCAUUUUCCUCGGCAUCAGCUUCAAGAUCAAGUCUGACACUCAGAUUAAAAUUGCUGCAGUCUUGAGCACCUUUUAUGGCUUCCUCAUGAUGAUAUCAGCACUCGUCCUAAUAGCCACCAUGAUGGCUGAAAAAACUAUCAUGACUCCGAGCAGCCUCUUCAUCAUCGCCCUUGCCUGCUUUUACCUGCUCACGGCCAUCAUGCAUCCUCAGGAGGUUGGUCUGGUGGUCUAUGGCUUGCUUUACAUCCUCUGCAUCCCCAGUGCCUACCUGCUGCUGGCCAUUUACAGCAUGGUCAACAUGAACAACGUGUCCUGGGGAACCAGGGAGACGGUGGCCCCUCCUGGACCUGGUGCACCUGUGGCUGCACCCCCACUAACCACAGCACAGAAAAUGAAAAACAAACUCACAGAGAUCUUCACGCAGUCAAAUUGCUGUAGAAAAGUCUGGCGAGGAUGCAGAGGCGAGGAGGUCGUCGUCAGCAGGCAGAACAGCAUGAUUUUUCAGGAAGAGCAGUACGGACCUCAGCCCCAGAACACAAUUGUUGUGGAUGAAAGGAUUCCUGAAAUUCCCCAGGUAGAGCAGAGCAGAGUCGAGGAGCCUCCUGCAGUCGUCUGUCCGAACCAGUGUUGGGUCUCACAGCUACAGAGUUUGUCUGAGGACAUGCAACUGCGAGAGGGUCAACUCCACCAGGACGAGGAGCAUUUUUUUAGAGAACUGACGUCAAAAUACCUGGAGCCUCUGCCCGACGACAAAAAGAAACAGAAGCUAAUGGCUGAGAAACUCAAGGCACUGAGAAACAAGAUGACAUUCGCAUACUUCAUGUGCAACGCUGUCUGGCUCGUGAUGACCUUUACCCUCCAGCUGGCAGACGCAAACAUCGCCAUCCAGGUGCCGAAGCUCGACACCAACAUGGAGUUCACAGGACAAUACAUGUACAUCGACCCACUCGGCUUCAUGUUCAUUUUCUCCUUCGCCUUUGUGGUGCUCAUCCAGUUCCUGUCUAUGCUGUGGCACAGAGUCUCCACCCUAAUCCAUUAUGUGGCCUAUCUGGACACAGAGUCAAAGAUUAAAAAAGAACAACAGCCAACCAAAGAGGUCAAAGACGACGACAACGACGACAACAAC